AGACAAACUGGAAGAGACGUACGGCAUCAACCACUACAAAUACUCCCCACUUCCUCCCUCAAAUCACACACCACGCCCAUCCAAGAAACCUAUCAUCUUACAAGAAACCCCUUUUCAAUUUGGGAGCAAAAAUUAUUAAAAAAAGAAAAAAGAAAAAGGAGGGAUGGGAUCCAUUUUUGAAGACGACGUCCGUCAGGCGUUGCUGCAGCCAGCGUCUGCGGCGUUGUUGUCCUCGCAUUCACUCUGUUCCAACCACCAUGGCGGUAACGAGGAGCUGGAAAGGAUAUUGUCCGACACCGAGAUUUCUGUCAUGGAUCGUUAUAGGCGAGCCACUUGGAUCGAGAUUAAGCUUCUCUUUUACUUAGCGGCUCCCGCGGUUUUUGUUUACAUUAUCAAUUAUACAAUGUCUACUUCUACCCAGAUCUUUUCCGGUCAUCUUGGUAAUCUUGAACUUGCUGCUUCCUCUCUUGGGAAUAAUGGCAUUCAAGUUUUCGCUUAUGGUCUCAUGUUGGGGAUGGGAAGUGCAGUAGAAACUCUAUGCGGGCAAGCCUAUGGCGCAGAGAGAUUCGAAAUGCUAGGCAUUUAUUUACAAAGAUCAACAAUAUUACUAACCAUAACAGGCAUUUUCUUAACAAUCCCCUACAUCUUCUGCAAACCCAUCCUCCUCUUUCUAGGUGAAUCCAAAGACAUUGCUUCCGCAGCCGAAAUCUUUGUCUAUGGCUUAAUCCCUCAAAUCUUUGCCUACUCCUUAAACUUCCCAAUCCAGAAGUUUCUUCAAGCUCAGAGCAUUGUGUUUCCUAGCGCUUACAUAUCGGCAGGGACGUUGGUGAUUCACAUGCUGCUCAGUUGGUUGACUGCCUAUAAAAUGGGGAUGGGGUUGUUGGGAGUGUCGUUGGUAUUGAGCUUGUCGUGGUGGAUAAUAGUGGUGGGUCAAUUUUUGUAUAUUAUUAAGAGUGACAGGUGUAAGAAGACAUGGCGAGGGUUCAAUGUGCAGGCGUUUUCGGGGUUGUAUGGAUUCUUCAAGUUAUCCGCGGCGUCGGCGGUGAUGCUGUGUUUGGAGACUUGGUAUUUUCAGAUUUUGGUAUUGCUUGCUGGUUUGCUUGAGAAUCCUGAGCUUGCUCUUGACUCCCUUUCCAUUUGCAUGAACAUAUUUGGAUGCGUUUACAUGAUUGCAGUGGGUUUUAAUGCUGCAGCCAGUGUGAGAGUGAGCAAUGAACUGGGGAGUGCGAAUCCAAAAUCUGCAGCAUUCUCUGUGGCGGUGGUGGUUGCCAUUUCAACUAUCAUCUCCAUAAUCUGUGCUUUACUUGUAAUUAUAUUCCGCGACAACAUUAGCUAUAUUUUUACUGAUGGUGAGGCUGUAGCUGCUGCUGUUUCUGAUCUUUGUCCACUUCUUGCAAUCACCCUUAUUCUCAACGGAAUCCAACCCGUCUUAACCGGGGUCGCGGUUGGGUGCGGGUGGCAAGCUUUCGUCGCGUAUGUAAAUAUUGGUUGCUAUUACAUAGUUGGAGUGCCCCUUGGCUCCCUCCUCGGCUUCUAUUUCAAUUUUGGUGCAAAGGGAAUUUGGGUUGGAUUGAUGGGUGGAACCUUCAUGCAGACUCUAAUUUUGGUGUGGGUGACAUGGCGAACAGAUUGGAAUAAAGAGGUGGAAGAAGCAAUAAAAAGAUUGAGCAAAUGGGAUGACACAGCAAAGCCAAUUGUUGAGUAGUGACAAUGACUAACUUUUCAAAUCACAGAAACAAAACAAAAAAAAAAAAAAAAAAAAAGAGAUUGAGGAAUUGCUACAUAUGAUGGCAUGUGAAAUUUUGUUAUGUAGCUUAAUGUCUCUACUUUGCCUCAUUGGAAAAAAGAAAGGAGAAAAAAGAGGUGCCUUAUCAAAACAAUUUGCCAUUUCUUUUUCUUUUUUUUCUUUUCAAUUUAAAUGGUCAUUUAGAGUUUUAAUCUUUGUAAUUUAGAGGUUUGUUUUAUUGAAUCAAUCGAUUUGAUUUGAUUUGGUUGUUUGUUGACCUAAAUUCUUUUGAAUUGAAUUGAAUAUCUCUUACUGAUUCCAAUGAA